AUGCAGAAACGCGCAGCUUUCGGUGACCAAGGGUCCAAGGACAGUGAUGGUGGUUUUGGACAGAGUACCCCAGAUGAAAAGCCUUCGCGCGCGACCGCCGCCCAGAUGGCUAGCAGAAAAAUCAAGGAUGUUCGCAAACGUCGAACUCCUACACCCACAGCUGGCGGUGGUGCCGACACAUCUUCAUUCAACCCUUUCGCGGCACAAGCCCCGGCCCCAGCCGCAAAUCCUGCCCCUGCUCAGUCAAUCGGGUUCUCAUUCGGACAGACACAGAAUCAAAGCCAGAGCUUCCCGGGAGCCAGCUCGGGGCCCGCUCAGGGUGGAUUAUUCUCCUCGGGCACAAACGGUCAGGCCGGUGGUCAGCCAUCAUUUAGCUUUGGUGCCACAGCGCCCUCCUUCGGAUCCCAACCCGCCAGCAACCCUUUCUCUGUAAACACAUCAUUCGGCGGAGACUCCCAGUCAGGUACCAAUGGGUUCAGCUUCGGUGGAUUCAAUGCCGGAGGUGCAGCAAGCCAGGCCACCUCUACUCCUACCCCGGCUCCUGCUCCUGCUCCGUCCUUCGGCGGAUUUGGCGCACAGCAAAACACCACCACACCUAGCUCCAGUUUGUUCGGACAAUCUACUUCACAUAUCACUUCCCCUGCCGAUGAAAGUAUGCAGACUUCGCCAGACACCAAGCCCAAGGCAGGCUCUGUGUUCGCAGCGAAACCAGCCAUCGGAGGGUCACCACUUGCCAACCCCUUCUCGAGCUUGUCUUCACAGAGUGCCGGCAACCCCUUCGCGCCGAAGCCAGCCGCCACAGAUGAUGCUGCUAAGCCCGCAGAGCCAGCGCCUUUCAAGCCUCUGUUUGGCGAGGCUGCGGCGUCGAAGCCGGAAGAAAGCAAGACACAACCAGCUACCACCAACCUAUUUGCGCCCAAGCCUGCUGCGGAGGCAGCUGCCAGCAACCCAUUCGCGAGUCUAUCGGGACAGACUGCAAGUUCCAGCAAUCUUUUUGCGCCAAAGACUGCAUCGGAGCAAACUCCCGCGAAGCCCGCAGAGGCGGCAAAGCCCUUUGGUGCUUUGUUCGGAUCGACUACGACUCCCAAGCCCGCGGAGCCUGCAAACAAUCUAUUUGCGCCCAAGCCAGCAACUGAGACACCCACUGCAAGCAAUCCGUUCGCAGGCUUAUCCACACCGAAGGUCACUGAAAGCGAGAGUGCUGGAAAGUCCGCCGAGGCUCAACCGUUCAAAGCUCUGUUUGGAACCCCUGCGCCUUCGAAGACAUCCGAUGCGGAAGCCAAACCGAGUGCCACACCUGCGUUUGGAAACAUGUUCGCAACGCCCAAGCCAGCCGACGAGAGUGCGGGUGCAAAGACCUCUACUGAGGCUGCACCAUCUAAGUCACUGUUUGGAACACCUGCGGUAUCCAAACCAUCCGAGGCCGGAAAGGAUCAACCAGCUUCCCCUGCGUUUGGUAACAUGUUCGCGACACCCAAGCCAGCUGCUGAGACCGCGGCCCCCAAGCCUUUGUUCGGAGCGCCGGUGACCUCGAAGCCGGCAGAGACCGAGAAGGAGGAAUCAUCUACGCCGGCGAAGACUCAACCAUUCGGCUCACUGUUUGGUGCGUCUACGUCUUCUGCUUCGGCGAAGACUGGGGAAGAGCCAGCAGCUCCUAGCAAUCCAUUUGCGAGCUUGUCGGGCUCAAACUCAUUCAGUGGUUCAUUCGGCCCUAAGUCAACAGAGCAGAACAAUAAGACCCAACCAUCUGCAUCGCCAUUUGAAUCAAGUACAGCAUUGAAGACUGGAAAUGAAUCAACCCCAUCAAUGGAAAACAACAAUGCAUUCUUGAACAAUUCAAACAAAUUCGCCAGCUCGACUUUCAGCUCCACUCCAAAGGAAGAUGCACCUCCCACCACUGCACCUUCUUCUUUUUCUUCUAUUCCUUCUUCCUCCGCAUCCACUCCCACCGUUCAUCCUUACGACGCUUCCAACACUCGCACUGCCCAAGAAGCUGACGGUCUUUUCCCCAAACAUUCCACCCCUCCCUCUAUUCAAUUCCCCGAUAUGUCUUCUGUCGGAAAGCUCAACUCGCCGCGCGAGGAUGGUGACGACCCUGCAGCUAGCGAGAUGUACCUGAAGCUGGUCAUGGCGACAACCUCUUUCAUUCGUCACGUAUCCCAGUGCAAUCCCGAGACCGAUAAUAUCGACGAAGCCAUCUUGUUCUAUGCUGAGAUUCGCCGUGAGUUGGGAGUUCCCAUUGGGGCAAUCGACCGUGAGGAAGAGAAGACCCGUGCCAACAUCCGCGACACCGAGGCCGGGGAAGAAGCUGGAGCUACCGAUCAGCCCACUCCUGCUCAUCAACCAACUCCUCGUUCCGAUGCCCCUUCGAAGUCGGAUGCUAAAGCACCCAACGGUGCCUCUGACACCCUCAGCAAGUUCAAACAAUCAUUCUCAGCCCCCAAUGGCCCUGCAUCCCCUGCGCCCAUCGGGUCGUCUACUCCUGCUAAGGCACCGGCUGCUCCUCUCUCGUUCACCCCCGCUGCAGCUCCUGCAAUCGCCGCCGAGUCGUCCAGUGCUACUCCUGCCGCUUUUACCCCUGCCAUCCCUAAGUUCGGUGGCGACUCCACUGCUCCCAAAUCUAGCACCCCUGCGCCUGCUUUUGCCGUUCCCACGUUCGGCGGUGGCUCAACUGGUGGAAUCGAUUUCAUGGCUGAAUUCAAGGCCAAGGCCGAGAAGAGCGCAGCUGAGGAGAAGGCCAAGAGAAAGGCCGAGGACUUUGAUUCGGAGGAUGAUGACGAAGCCGAAUGGGAGAGAAAGGACGCCGAAAAACAGCGUGAGAAGCGAGCCAAGCACGAGGCUGCAGCUGGCAAGCGCUCUGUGUUUGUUCCUGGUGAAGGUUUCAAGUUUGUUGACGCUGAGCCUGCUGCCGAAACCCCGACUUCAACCCCUCCCACUGAGUCUGCUUCUACCACACCUGCCGCAUCCCAGUCGCUCUUUGGCGCCAACACUGCGUCAUCUUCUAGUUUCGGGGGCUUCAGCGCUUCGCCUGCCCCCAACUCUGUCUUUGCUGCUAAGCCUCCCGCUGCGUCUGCGUCCAUGUUCGCUCCCAGCUCAACUUCAUCUUCGACUUCCUCAGUCUUCGGAAGCUCUCAGCCAGUCCCAUCCUCGCAGAACAUCUUCGGUGGUCUCAAGCCAAAGUCGCCCAAGCGCAAGACCUCUACCGAUGCCGGCAGUGACUCAGAUGAUGAAUCGCCUGCCAAGAAGAGCAAAGCCUCAGCUCCCGCUUCCGCUUCCAGCAGUCUCUUUGGGCGUGUGUCAAACCCAGCCACACCCUCUCUCACGCCUCCCGCCACCAACCCCUUCGGUGCUGUCUCUCCUGCCACUGCACCUGCCUCUCCUGCUGCGAUCAAUCCCUUUGGCGCGCCUCCUACUUCGGAUAAGCCUGCUGAUACUGCUUCUGAGACUACCUCGACCGGUGUCGCUGCUACUGAGGAUGGCGAGGGCGAGCCCGGUGAGAUCUUUGACUUGGCCAAGAGCAACGUCGGCGAGGAAGAUGAGAGUGUCGAGUUUGAGCAAAAGUGCCGCACCUUCAAGCUUGAAAAGGAAACUUCUUCCUGGACGCCACAGGGUCUGGGUAACCUUCGGCUUCUGAAGCACCCUGAGACAGGCCGUGCGCGCAUGGUCAUCCGUGGUGACCCUAAUGGCAAUGUCAUUCUGAACACUCUUCUGAAGAAGGAGCUUGACUACAGUCUGACCAGCAACAGCGUCCAGCUCAUCGUCCCGGAGGAGGGUGGAUCUGUUUGCCAAUAUGCAGUCCGCGUGAAGAAGGAGCGCCUGCAGGCAUGUUUUGACAAGAUUCAAGAGAUCAGAUAUUAA